AUGCAUGGUCAUCUCACAGUGAACGAGCAAACCGCCGCCCUUCUUCUGCCGAACGGCCGAGCCGAAGCCGACGAGGAAUGCAACAACAACUUGUUUUCACCACUCACCCUUCACGCUAUGCAGGGCUUGAUGGACCAUCGUUGGGACCGAGUCGUUCCAAUCUUCUCAGCGCACCAUCCACACGUCCUAUCUCCCUUCGUCCCCGCACCAACACCCGCAAAGAUCGAGCCCAAGCGUCCAGCGGCCACACCGCUACCCACCCCAAGCUCUGGAUCCAGCUUUCAAUCCCAGCCUGCCCCCGCAAGGGAAGACGAGCAUGGCUAUACCGCUCUGGACCGCUUCGCUUCCUCCUUCACGCCAGGAUGGCUCCGAGACCUGCCAGCCCCACUCUCCACAUACCGCCUCCCACUUUCCCCACCCUUCCCCUCUGUAAACUACGCCCCCAUCAUCCCGCCAUCAACGCCAAACCUCGAGUCCGUCUGCCCUUCCCUCUUAACAUCCCCUCCCUUCGACUCCCCCUGCCGUCCCCUAGACAGCGAUCGAGCCGCAAAAGACUUUCGCUAUUACGCCCAACACUUUACCCACCUCCUCUCCCUUCACCUCCUCGCUCAGACCAUAGAGGCCGACGGGGCCAAGGUAUACUCGACUCAAGUCACCCUCGACCCACUCGCAAAAGACACAUUCCGGCUACACAUACCUGGAAUACGCGAGGACAUUCCUCGACUGACCCUGGGGGAUCGACUCCACUUACGCGGUCUCUAUCCCCUCCUUCGUGCGCCGAGUCAACUAGCGGUCGAGGCCAACGUUGUCGGCCUCGUCAAGGCGCAGGGUUAUGUUUUUGUACGGUCUCCUGCUCUCGGCGGCCUCCGCGACUAG